UAGACCGGAGCCUGUAGCCGGGCGCCAUCUUUGACGCUGGCAGUCUUAGAUUUUGCUGCUGUGAGGACGGUGGACGGCAACAGCUAAGAGAGAAGAAAGACGUGGCAGCAGGCGGGAGUCAGAGAUAGUGUCUUCGGUUCGGUAAAGUUUCUGUUCUCUGAUUUGGGGAUAUUCCCUGCCCAAAAAAUUCCUGGAAAAUUGACUAGUAUUAAGUGCGUAAUAGAUUGGAACUCAGUGAAGACACAGACAUUCCUGUUGAGAACAACCAGCUAAUGAUUACAUUUUAAAGACGAUUUCUGUGCUUGAGUUGUCAUUUGGAAGAUUGGAAGAUUGAGCCCAUUUUAAGAGGACUUGGAGCUGGUCCUCACCUCAAGGAAGGAGUGGCUUAUUUCUGAGAGCCACCUGUGAUCCACGAACUCACUCAGCAUGUCUAAUCAAGGAGAAGACUGCUAUUUUUUUUUCUAUUCUACAUGUACCAAAGGUGACAGCUGCCCAUUCCGUCACUGUGAAGCUGCACUAGGAAAUGAAACUGUUUGCACAUUAUGGCAAGAAGGACGCUGUUUUCGACAGGUGUGCAGGUUUCGGCACAUGGAGAUUGAUAAAAAACGCAGUGAGAUUCCGUGUUACUGGGAAAAUCAGCCAAUGGGAUGUCAAAAACUAAACUGUGCUUUCCAUCACAACAGAGGACGCUAUGUUGAUGGCCUAUUCCUACCUCCAAGCAAAACUGUAUUGCCCACUGUGCUUGAGUCACAAGAAGAAGAAGUAAAGGCCAGCCAGCUCACGGCUCAACAGAACAAAUUGUCUGUCCAGUCUAACCCUUCCCCUCAGCUGCGGAGUGUUAUGAAAGUAGAAAGUUCUGAAAAUGUUCCUAGCCCGACACAUCCACCAGUUGUAAUCAAUGCUGCAGAUGAUGAUGAAGAUGAUGACGACCAAUUUUCUGAGGAGGGUGAUGAAAGCAAAACACCUACUCUACAAGCAACUCCUGAAGUCCACAAUGGAUUACGAGUGGCUCCUGCACGAAAACCCGGAGUCAAUUUAAAGCAAGGUGAAAGUUUAAAUUUUGGAAUAAAAACUCUCGAGGAAAUUAAGUCAAAGAAAAUGAAGGAAAAAUUCAAGAAGCAGGGUGAAGUUUCUUCAAAUGUUUCCAGUCUGCUACUCCAACCUCAGCCUGUUCCAGGUCCUGAAAAAGAGAAUGUUCGGACUGUGGUGAGGACAGUAACCCUGUCAAACAAACAAGGAGAAGAACCCUUGGUUAGAUUGAGUCUUACUGAGAGACUGGGGAAACGAAAACUUUCAGAAGGUGGUGACAAUGAUCCCCCAUUAAAGCGGAGCCUGGCGCAGAGGCUGGGGAAGAAAGUUGAAGCUCCAGAAAUGAAUAUUGACAAAAUACCAAAGAAAGUUCAAGUUUCUAAAUCUCUGAAGGAGCGAUUAGGCCUGUCAUCUGGGCCAAACAGUGAGGAGACAACAGAGAGAAUUAAUAAAACUGGUGAGAUCCACGUGAAAACAUUAGAAGAAAUUCUUCUUGAAAGAGCUAGUCAGAAACGUGGAGAAUUGGAAACUAAACUCAAGACAGAGGGACCGUCAAAAGCUGAUGAGUCUACAUCAGGAACAAGAAGCUCCUCCACUGUCCGCAUUAAAACAUUCUCUGAGGUCCUGGCUGAAAAAAAACAUCGGCAGCAGGAGACAGAGAGACAAAAAAGCAAAAAAGAUGCAACUUGCAUGAAGCUAAAGACUGAUGGUGAAAUUAAAAAAACAGUGAUUUUGCCUCCCAUCACUAUCAGCAAAGGACAAUCAGAGGAGCCUUCAGCUAGAACAAAAUCUAUGCAGGAGGUGCACAUCAAGACACUGGAGGAAAUUAAGCUGGAAAAGGCUCUGAGGGUACAGCAGAGCUCUGAGAGCAGCACAGGCUCCCAGCCCCAUUCCGAGGCCACCCUGGGGAUGAGGCGGCUGCUCCGAAUCACCAAAAGAACAGGUAUGAAAGAAGAGAAAAAGCUUCAGGAAGAAAAUGAAGUGGCUUCUCAGAAUAGUGCUACAAGGACAGAGGCCAGUGAGAAGGCUUCAGAUGAGACUGUAGGAGUUGAUACCACAACAGCUUCAGUCAAGAGAUGUGAGACCAUGAGAGAGAAUCAUAUGCAGAAACAGGAGAGGGGAGCCUUCCAGAAGGAAAAAUCGGUCUUGACACCCCUUCAGAGAGAUGCGGCCUCUUGCAAUUCCCAUGUGGAGAAACCUGCGCUCACUGCCUUGGCAGGUAUCACGCAACACCUUACCAAGAGGCUUCCAACAAAGUCCUGCCAGAAGUUAGAGGUAGAAACCUCAGGGAUUGGGGACUCAAUAGUAAAUGUGAAAUGUGCAGCACCGUGUUUGGAAAAAAGGGGUAAAGCUAAACCCAAAUUAAAUGUGAAGCCAUCUGUGGUUAAAGUUGCUUCAUCUCCCAAACUGGCCCAGAAGCGCAAGGCCUCGGAGAUGCACCCUGCUGUUGCAGCUGUGAAGCCACUCAGCUCCAGCAGCGCCCUCCAGGAAAUCCCAGCCAAGAGAGCAGCUAUGGCCGUUGUCCCGCUGCCCUCUGAGGACGAAUCAGUCACUGUGUCUGAGACAGAAACACCUCGAGAAAGUUUUGUGCUGCCUCCAACCCAGUCCUCUUCAGACCCCACACCCCCAGAAGGAUCGGGCCCUUCCUCCCAAACAGCCACGAAAACUCGCCGGCUCAGCUCGGCCUCCACAGGAAAGCCCCCUCUCUCUGUAGAGGAUGACUUUGAGAAGCUCAUAUGGGAGAUUUCAGGAGGCAAAUUAGAAGCUGAGAUUGACCUGGAUCCUGGGAAAGAUGAAGACGACCUUCUGCUUGAACUCUCAGAAAUGAUUGAUAGCUGAAGGUGCCAGUGAGAGAAGAACACUUAAAAAAAAACACCAAAAAGACUUUGUUUCAUUUAUUCUAACAAUGUACCUGAGAUGAUUAUUUCUUUAUUCUUGGAUUUGCCCCAAAUCAGAAGUAUACCUCUGAAUUACUGUAUGUGUCCUGGAUUACUUCGGGUUAGAUUUUUCAAGACCCUUGCUAAACAUUUUGUCCAUUUAAUGCCAUUGUUAAGCAUCUUUGAGAAAAGUUCUGUAAUAACCUUCUCUCCACAAAAAAAAAAAAAA